AUGACACCUAAAUCGGACCCGUUCCCGGGCUUCAUAGCCAUAACCGACCAGAUUUUCUUCCGAGAAGGCGAACAGGUAACAGAGGGGACUCAACCACCAGCAAGCCACCCGAGAGUCGUCAUCAUCUACAGUUGGGGCGACGCCGUACCCAAACACGUCUCCAAAUACGCCGACGGAUUCCGCACACUAUUCCCGCACGCAAAACAAAUCGCCGUGCUCUCGCCCAUCGUCAAAGCGAUGAGGGAGGACCUCCAGACCCGCUCCAACAACAUGAAGCCCGUCAUAGAAGCCGCAUAUCCCUCAGCAACGUCCGGAACACCAGACCCCGACGAAGACGCCGUCCUCAUGCACGUCAUGUCCAACACGGGCGGCAUCAACUACGCCGGAACGCUGCACGCCUACCAAGAAAGGUUCGGCCGCCCCAUGCCGCAUCGCCUAUCUAGCUACGACUCUACGCCCGGCAGCGUAAUCAUGACCUGGAACAACCUCAAGCGCUGGUCUCUGGCCAUGACCCUCGGCACCGCAGGCUGGUUCCCCUGGCCGUUUGUCGUGACGCAGUGCAUCAUGGGUGUCUUCCUCCUUCUGAACCACAGCUUCGAGCAUCUCACCGGCCGCGAGAGCGCACCGGUCUUCAGUGUCGCAGCAAUUGGCGACACGAAGUAUGUUUCCAAGGGGUCACGCAAGUUGUACCUGUACAGCAAGGAAGAUCGGCUCAUUGGCUGGGAGGAUAUCGAGAAGAACAUGGCUGAGUCCAAGGGCAAGGGCUACGCCUACGACGCGGUACGAUUCGAAGGAAGCGAUCAUGUUGGGCACAUGCGCAUGCAUCUUGAUCAGUAUUGGGGCGCUAUCGCAUCGGCAUGGAAAGAAACGUGA